UCGACUAGCGAUAUUUUGCGAGAACCUAAAUCGGAUAGCGUCGUGUUUACAAACAUGUAUAGUUCACUUGUGAUCACGGUCGGUGUACCUACGGAAUUCGGCGGAUUUUAACGGUAUAUUAUAAUUUCGGUUCCACUGGACGAACGUUGGAUUUUCGAAAGAGUAGUUCUGUCCUUUUUUUUGUUUUUUUUGUUUUUUUUUUUCAAGACUCACCCCGAACGUCCCUGAUGAUACUUUUACGCCGUGAUCGGGUUUCCGGGCGAGAGAAAGAAUGAAAAAAAAAAAAAAGAAAAGAAGAAAAUAUGACGAAAAUCGAAUACAUAAAUGUGAAUCUUGAACGGUAUCGACAGACCCGCGAAUAUACGGAUAAUACCGUAGUACAGAAGAUAGAAGAUAGAAGAGGGAGGAGAAGAAAGAGCGAAGGAAUUCUUGCGGUUCGUCGCGUCUGGUCCGCGCAUCGCGAAUCACCGUCGGUAUGCAUACAACACAAUGAUAUACGACGGAAUAUCAGAGGAUCGCGGAUCCUCGCGUGUAGAGGGUAACCCGCGGUGUAGGUACACGGCCGUUUGACUCGUCGCAUUUAGUUGGUUCGCGGAAACCUCUCGGGUAUUCAUUAAAUAGCGUCGAGCCGCUCGGAUAUCGAAAGAACGGCGACUUAUGCGCCGCGAUACACCUCACGGGGUAACGCGAAACGUUCGAAGUUUUCGCCACCCCCGCGGAUCGACUCGGAUUCACGUCUUAUUACGCCGUGUCGUAUACGUAUAUAUUUCUCGACGUCGGCCCCGCUCCCCGGGUGCGCGCCCCGUGACCAUGGAGACGGCGGAUCGGGUCUCCGCCCCCGCGACGCCCGAUCCAACCCCGGCGACGUCUGGCGUCGCGACGCCCGCCAAUGCGACGUCGCCGACCCCGUGAACCCUCCCCGAGACAACCGGAGGGUCGCGAAUUGAACAACGAACGCGGGUCGACCGACCGAUCGGGGGCGCCGAUCGCCCCAGUAUUUCACCGUGCGUCGCCGGACCUCGCGAUAUUGCUCAGGGGUAGCUGCACGUGUCUUCCGCCGAGGCGAGAUCGUUUCGAUGGUGUGAAAAUAGAAAAUUUGAGUUCAAAAGUGAUCGAAAGCGGCGAACGAAUUUUUUUUGGAUAUGAUUUCGCUACACCCGACCGCACAAUUUAGGGACUCGGUUGUAUAUCGAAAUAAAUAGGAUCCGCGCUACGCGACGCGGUGGUGAAAUAUAUCAUACAUUGCGUUGACCGCGUUGCGGCUACGACGGAGGGAUAAAAAAAUCUGGAGGAUUUUUUUUGUGCGCCGGUGAAUAUCGUUGAUAUGGAGAAGUUUGUCAUUGAAACGACUUGGCGUUGAAAGCCCUCGAUUUUCGCAAACCCCCGCGAGAGUCCCGAUCGCGGUGAAAUUUCCUCAUCCAUGUAAAAGUAGAGGAUAAAGAACGCUCUCGAAAGCUCCGUUUGCUAAGGGGCGGGUGGGGGUGGGGGGAGAAGAAAAAAAAAAAAAAAAAAACACAAAACAAACAAACAAACAAAAAAAAAAAAAACAAGAAAAUAUCGUCGAAAAGUGAAUCGCGGCAGCGGUGAAACUUGUGUGAAGUUUUCAACGAUUGAAAAACGCGCGUAUAGACUCGGUGCCGUUCGCGAGCCGUCCGAAGGAUGCAGUCGACCUGUCCGCAGCAGCCGCAGCAGGCCCAGAACGGCGGUUCCUCGGCGAGUCGUACCUCCUUUUUGAUCGAGGAUAUCCUCAGCAGGAGCACAGUGCCAGCUCACAACCAUCACCAGUUGCACCACCACUUGGCUCACCCCCAACAACAUCAUUACCAACAAUUCGCUAGCCUCUUGCCCGGAUACUCGUCCGCCCCGCCGGCGGCCGCAUUCUUUCUAGGACCACUAUUCGGAAGCGCCGGCGUUGGUGUAGGCGUGGGUGUGGUUCCGGGGGUUAACGAUCUAGCUGCUCUGAAACACUGCCGACGGCGUAAGGCCAGAACCGUUUUCAGCGACCAGCAAUUGGCGGGACUGGAGGCGAGGUUCGAGGCCCAGAGGUACCUGAGCACCCCCGAACGCGUGGAAUUGGCGGCGGCGUUGCACUUGUCGGAAACCCAGGUGAAAACGUGGUUUCAAAAUCGUCGUAUGAAGCACAAAAAACAGCUGAGAAAAAUUAACACAAACUCCGGUAACGGCGGCGGCGGCGGCGGCCACUCUUCGGCGGAACAACAGACCGGGAAUCCGUCGCUAUCCGCCGCUUCACCCGCCGAGCGCCCCGUAGACUUUUCACUGGGCGGAGGAGGACGGGAUUCUCGAGCGAGCAGCGACGCCCCGGAUUCGGACGAGGACGAGAUCGACGUUCUCGGUGACGAGACGCCGUCGCCGACGGCGGGUCGGAACAUCGUGAACCUCCAGCAGAGCGUUAAUUCGCGUCGUGGUACCGCGACGCCAACGAACUUUCCACCGCCGUCGCAUUCGCAUUCCGUCAAUCUAACCGCCUCGCAUCACCAAGUUCUUCACAGUCACCAAUUGCAGCACCAACAACAUCGCUGAAAAUCCGAAACGGUCGCGCCGUCAAUUCCUCUGCCUUAAAAAUAUUAUCGCCGAACGAUCGCCGCACCGCUACACGUGUGUAUGGAUAUAUCGCGUGCAGAUGAAAGGGAGAAACGACGCAUCGGACCCCCGACUCCGCAUCCUGCACGUCCCUCCGGUCAAGGUUGGUCAUUUGUUGAAUUCUUUGGUCGAACAAUCGUCGCGUAUUAUUCAUUAGGUAUUGCGAAACGCGUCGAAGAUCAUUUUCUUCCCUGUAUACGUAAUCGCAAAAUUUUCAAACUUCAAUCCCUGCAAUGAUUAUCAUUUAACGAUACCUGUAAUUCCGUAGCUACGUCAGCGAAUGUUGCGUAUUAACUUGAUAUUAGCCGGCGUACGGUAAAUUGUGCCAAAAAUUUUUCGACGGUGUAGCGCGACGUACGUUAUAGCGUGAAAAUUGAUAUAGAGAGAAGAAAUAAUGAGAACAAAAAGUAAUUAACCGCGAGUGAAAAUAUGCCGUACGCGACAAAGCGCGCGGUAUUCUAUUAUACUCACUGGAAACGUGAUACAGUCAUCCAUUUUGUGUAACUUAUCAUUUAGAGAGUAUAUUGUAACGUAUAAGUGAAAAAUUCUUGGAUAACGUAUAUAUAAGACACGAAUUGUAAAGUGAUAUAAACACGAUACAUAAUACAAUAAUGUAUAUAUACCAUAAAUUACACAGCAUUAUGUACUUCAUUGCCUUUUAUUAAUCGUUUCUUCAUCUAUCUGUUUUUUAUUUUUAUUUAUUUUUUCUCACCCGAUCGCGAUUUCGUGUCAAUAACGGUAUCGAUUUUUGUAAAAACAACUAAAGGAAUCGAAUAAUCGUACAAAACGUUCCAAUUAACGAUCAAACUUUAUACCGACGAACAAAACGAUUUUCUCAAUCGAAGGGAAUUCUUCUACUUUUUUUUUUCUUCUCGUUGUCGAUUUUUUUCGCUAUUCUCCUCAUCUGUGACCUAGCGCUUGAUGCAAACGGCCGCGGUUUUACAGACGCGGGUACACGGGACGUUUGAUACGAUAUCGGCGGUCUGUAGAAUGGAUACGUUGGAACAUGGAUUGACAUUUUAUUAUAUCAUGGGUCACAGACGCCAGCUGGUCUCCCCAUAUAUCGUUACCGUCCCACUAAUUGAGUGUUUGACAUUUUAAUAUAAUCAUUGGACGACUCGACUGCGGGACAAUAACGAGCCGAGUAUAAAAUCACUGUCGCGAACUUGAGAGCAAGAAUUUUUUCACCCGAAAGCGAAUCGAAUUCUCUCUAUUUUUCUUCUUUUUUUUUUUUUUUGUUUUUUAUUCGCGAAAAUUGUUCGGCGAGAGGUAUAUACAUGUAUAUCAUAUAUAUGUAUAUAUAUAUAUAGAGAGAGAGAUAUAUAUAUAUAUAUAUAUAUGAUUAAAAGGCGUUGUUUAUAUUGGAAUGAAAGACCCGGUAGAAAUGUCACCCGAUUUUCCGUAUACAUAUAGCCCGCGCAUUUGACGCGCGGAACGAAGCUAUAUAGCAGCAGCUCGUCCCUGACUCCAGGGCCAGUCGACGCUCGGGGUGGAUCCUAAUACCCAGAUAAUGGGGAGUAAUUGCAAGGGAUCGGAGCGACCGGAGACGCGAGGUGGCCAGGGGCGAAGCGGAGACCCGAACAAAAGGGGGUAACACUGUUAGCUAUCUGCAGAGCGCAAUCACGCCACGCGCGCGAUUCAAAUAUACUGCGGUGCAGUUCGGUAUAUAUAUUUGUACGAACGCACCACCACCUCCGUUCUCGCCGUUGUUUAUUUCGCUUGUAUAUACGUUAUAAUAUCCGACAGCGAGCGUUUUGCGGGCGGAGUGUAUUGAAAAAAAAAAAAGACAAAAAAAAAAAAAACGUCAAAAGAAUUGUGAAAAGGCCGGAAUUGCGGGGCGACAAAUUUUCAAAACGUUUUUCCUUCUUCUUUUUUUUUCUUUCUUUCUAUAAUCAAUCGACGAUUGAGAGAAACUUUUGUCGAGCUGCACCGAGGGAAAUAUUAUAUACGGGUGCGGAAUAUUGAGUGAAAUCUGACCGAGCGUCUAUGUAUCGAAAAUUAUUGGAAAAUAUAUUUUCUUUUCUUUUUUUUUAGAUAUAUAUACACGAAUCCGUAUUUCAGGCAAUUUCGGAGGUUAUACGUCUGGUCUGUGGUCGAUAAAUAGCUGUAAUGAGAUCAAUUAUCCUGGUUCGUUAAACUCCUGACGAGCACGUUUAUAAUAUCAUCAAACUGGAACAUCAGUGUAUACACGGAUACUAAACGCGUAAAACAUUAUAAUAGGAUGUAACUAAUAACAUCAAUAAUCCACUGGAUAAUAGACUCAUCAGCUGCAGCUUUCAUAUAGACAAAAUAGUUUACACUUUCUAAUUGUGUUUCCACGCCACGGCGUACCGAUGCACGUGUUUGAUUUUUGUUUUGAAAGAAAAAAAAAAGAGAAAAAAGAAAAAAAAAAAAUUUUCACCUCACGUACGUACGUCCGUCACUUUGAUACCGAAAUAUUUUAUAUUUUCGAAAAGGAAAAACACACUCACUCGGACACAUCUCACAGUAUUUAGAAAAAAAAAGUAUAAACGAAUUUUUUUCACACCGUUACGGAAGCCCACGUAUAGGUACGUACCCAUGUAGUGUAGGAAAAGUGAAAUGGUACGGGGUUUUUGUCCCCUGUGAUGCCUGUGAGCUUAUUAUUAAUAUUAUUAUACGCAGAUGUAUCCGCCCACGUUUAUAGGAAGCGAGCGGAAUCCCAACCCAACCGCCUCAUCCUUAUGAUCUUCGCUCGAUACCUAUAUAUUGUAUUCCAGAGUGAGCACCCAUACUGUAGAGAAUUUAAAACGUACGUAUACGCAUGAAUUUAGUUAUGGGCGUUCGCAUGUAUGCGUGUGUCAUACACGGAUAAAUUAUGCUAGUCCCGCGUAUCAUUUCGACGACCCCCGUUGACUGAAACGAAGUAUAAUGAAAGUAAUGGAACACGCCCACUACAUUUAGGCACUUCAACCCCAUAGAGAAGCUGCCAUUGUGAGUACCUGCUCUACUAUUGUCUUUUAUUUCAUUAUUUUUACUGCAUUUUCAUCCUGGGGUGAGAAUUUUCAUUUUAUUAUUAUUUACAUAUACCCGUGUACUAUAUAAAUGCCGACAAUAGCGCCUUUACAGAUUUAAUAAACAACAAUAAUGCCCCAUAAUUUCAUCAACUGAGACCAUCUCGUCAAAUACUUCAAAGAAUUCUUGAAUGCGUACAUUAUAUGUAUAUAGGUGCGCGUCCACUCGGCAAUAAUCGUAGUUAAUAAAUAUUGAACGUGAACAGAAUCGACGCUCUUUUUUUUUCUUCUUCUUCUUCUUCUUCUUCUUCUUCCAAUUGUGAGAUCCCCCGAAAUUCGUCUAGACGAUCGUUCUGGAAUGAAAAAAAUUGUUGAAAAAAUUAAAGAAAUUACGACCGUGAGACAAAUAAGCGCGGAUAGCGUAGGAAAUUUACUCGCCGGUUAAUUUUCGUUCAGCUCGGACAAUGGGACCCCGGAAAACGGGGCCAAAUAUUCGAAAAUAAAAAUGGCGUGUCCGCGUUUCUUUUUUCGUUCCUCCCGUUUUUCUCUGACAAAUUUAUUUGCGGCGAACGUAAAACGUGCGAGUCGGCCCAGCCCACGUAUUAUACGUACGAACCAUUACUACGUGGGAAACAAAAUUUUAAGCUAAAGAGGCUCAACUUUAGGACUAUAGAAUACGGCUGUUAGCCUAACAAGCUGUCAAGAUGUCGGCGCGUGUCACUUGACGUCUAAACCUGCAGUAGCAGUAGCAACCCCCUGCAGAUAUAGACGGAGAAUCUCGACCCCAAACGUCCGAGACGGAACCAACAACCGAGUAAAACACUUUAGUGUAGAAUAAAUUGUGCUCUCGGAACUCGAUUUCCGACGCGGAAUAUACCUAUAGAGUUCGCACCCCAUCGGUGCGGCAUCGGUAAUUUUCUAGAACCCGGAGAACCUCGGCCGUUUCGACUACACAACUCACGUGCCGCUUAACUUGAUCACCGGGCAAUCUGUACUCAUUUGAACCUCCGGUUACUCCACCAUCGCUUCUGCUAACAAAUAAUAUUGUCCGUGGCGUGUGGGGUUUCUGAUUCAAUUUUCACUACGCGCGUCUCAACCGUCUAGCAAGUACGACGAGAACGACGUCGACGCGACGCGACGCGACGCGACGAUCUACGGGUGGGAAAACCGUGACCCGUCGUUAUUAUAUUCCGUCAUAUUUUCUCCCGUAUAGAUUCGAGUUUCCCUCACACUGUAACACGUCAUAUUUGCAGUGGCUAAAACUAUUCCCCCCAGCGUUUAUAAUUAGCGAUUGUUAUCUUCGCUGUUAUUACUAUACGUUCGAGGGAAGCACGGGUAUUAUUUUUUUUUUUUUCGUUUUCUUUUUUACUCUCUUUCUUCUUAUCUGAAAAUCGACGAUCGGGUUACCCGAUUUCUCUACGCCGAGGAUGAUCCGUGUAAGAAAUUCACCAAGCUUCGGUCACGUUUAGAGUGAUUUAUUAACUUUUUUUUCCUAUUUAUUUUUCAGGUGUACCAAUUAGCCAUGUUAUUCAGUUACGAGUUACAGGUAUAUCGCACGUCCACGAUAGAGAAGAGUCGAAUAAAAAAAAAAAUAAAUAAACAAAACAAUUCAGUGUUUGUUUAGCGGGAAGAUUCGUAUCUCCACGACGUGUUUAAAAAUAAUUACCCAGUGAGAUGCCACGAUAGUCACGAAGGCGUCCUCACUCAGCAGUCACCUUUAAGCUUCCUGUUCAAAAGUGGACGUCGAGUACCACCUCGAGUGCCCCCUUCAGAAGACCUAUGCCCCGACAUAAAGGCUUUGGAUUUUCCAGAGGUUCUUAGGGGUCCUCUCUCACCUUCAACCACUCUCUAUCAUCGUUGUUAAAGAAGUAAAGACUAAAGGCUUUCAAUAGUUUUUUAAGUAUAAAUUUCUAAAGACACCGUCAAAUACUUGGAACAAAUGAAAAAAGAAAAAAAAAAUCUCUAGACGAUCCAUCUAUUCAUCUCUCCGAUGUGAUAUCGGGUUAGCCGAGAUUCUCGAUUCUUUUUAUAGUCAAAUGGUCACUUAAACGUGUAUCAAGUUAUUUGUCAGAAAAGAACGGAAAUUUCAACCUUCGAUCUCAUUUAUACUUUACCGUUCGGUGUUGUCAAGUUUUUUCGUCCCUCUUCUUCUUUUUUUUUCUAUUAUCGUUGAUAUCACUUAUGGAUCUUGAGAAAAUUUUCAAUAAAUUGAGGUGAUAAAAAAAAUAAUAAAAACAACAAGAAUAAUAAUAAUAAUAAUAAUAAUAAUAAUAAUAAUAACGAUAACAAUAAUAGGAUGUAAUAUUUAUCUUCAUAUUUAUAAUAUUUAUAAUAGUUUACAUAUAAUUUUUUUAAUAUAAUAUAAUAAUAAUGAUAAUAAUAAUGCGAUGAGCGAAACAGAUGUUCAUUAAUAACAAAACAUUUAUAAGCUAGUUAAUGAAGCAAUGAAAAAUUUAUCGAGGCCGUUAAACAUUUUUCGGGUGUUUAAUAAUAACCCCUCUUCAAAACACAAGAUUACUAUUAGAGUAUUAGACAAUACAAGUUUAAGAUAUUAGUCUUCAACUUAUUUCAUCUAUUCUGUUAUUUUAAUUUAUAACUUUGUGUAUAUAAGUAUAGAGAAGUUUCCACUUAUUGUUU